UUUUCCCUUCUAGAUCAUUAAAAAAUUGCUCUCUUUCUCUCUCUCUCUUCUAGCUUCCUCUUUUCUUUGAUGUCUUAUCAACCUAACUUUCCAGAUCGUUCUUUUUCUUCUACCUUUUAAUUCUUUUGCAAGAAAUCAUCUAGAAUUUGCUUCCAUUUCUCUUGGUCUCAUAUAUUUAUAGAAGUAUAUCAGAGAUAUACCAUAAGAUCAUGGGAGACUCAGCUUCAUAUAUACGCAUGGUGCACCACCUGAUCGAAGAGUGUAUCAUAUUUAACAUGAGCAAGGAAGAGUGCAUGGAAGCCCUCUCUAAGCAUGCAAAUAUCAAACCAGUCAUUACCUCCACAGUGUGGAAGGAAUUGGAGAAGGAGAACAAGGAAUUCUUCGAGGCCUACACAAAGAGGAGGGAAGAUAGAUCAGCAUCUGAAAUGGAGACAAAGCAAAGGAUUCAAAAUAUGGUUUCUGAAUCUUCCAAAAGAGAUACCCAAGACUAGUCGUAUUAUGAUAGUGAGUAUAGUGACAAACCAAGGUUGGGCCAGUGAAGGUGCCAGCUCGUUACUAUUACCGUAAUUGCAUUGGCAACGUUUUUGGUAUCGACUGUGGACCGAAAGCUAAAUAGAAUAAAGGAGAAGAAAAAAAAAA